AAAAACUGUCAUCGGUGUUGGAUUCUCUUUCUCUCUCAUUUUCUGCAGUUUGAAAUUGUGAACUUUUGUAGAAAGUAAGAAAAUUGCAGGAAGAAGAAAAGAGUGAGAGAAUUGAAGAAUGGGAGGAGAAAGUGGUUUGAAAUCGAGGGAAGUAUCAGCGAUGAUAAAGCAAGGUUUCAUACCUGAUCCAACGCUUUCAUUCUCCCCUUCUAGAACCUUCUCACCACCACCAUCCUCAACUCGCCCGAGUCCAACUCAACCUCAGGCUCACCCGCACACUCAAACCCUCUUCGACAUGAUGUCGGAGGAGCACAAAUUCUCCGACGACAAGCGCCGCAAGGCGCAAGAUCGGCUCUCCAAGCUCCUCCGGGAGCCCGCCUUGCUCGAGGGGGGCGACGUCCGCCUCACGGUGGUCGGGCGGGACGGCCUGAGGGUGUCGAUGGAGGUCCGGAAGAGCGUUCUGGCCGAGAAGAGCCGGUUUUUCGCGGAGAAGCUUCGCUGCGACGGUGCGGUGUCGCACUCGGUGGAGAUCAGCGACUGCGACGACGUGGAAGUGUACGUGGAAGCUGUGGUUUUGAUGCACUGCGAGGAUCUCAAGGCCAGGUUGCGUUCCAUGGGCGAUGGGGUUCCUAAAGUUUUGAGCUUGCUCAAGGUAUCGGCAGCGAUCAUGUUUGAUCUUGGGGUUAUGUCAUGUCUAGAAUAUUUGGAAUCUAUUCCAUGGAGUGAGGAUGAACAGGAGGAAGUGAUAUCCCAGCUAGAACAUCUGCAGAUUCAUGACUCUGCAGUUGAAGUUCUUCAAAGAGUAUCAUCGGAUCCAUCCACUGCUGAUAGGGCUGAUGACAUCUUCUUGAACCUAAUAAGUGGUGUUCUGCAAGCAAAAGAUGACAAAGCUCGUAGGGAAAUGAAAGCUCUGUUGUCUAAAUUGCUUAAAGAGAAUGCACCUAACGACAGCAGCAGACUUGAUGUUUCCAAAGACACACUUUACCAUCUUUGCCACAAGUGCAUCAGUUCCCUUCUGCUUUGCCUAUCGGAAGCAACCGGCGGCGAUGAGAGGCUGGACCGGGGGGUUGUAAUGAGCGACAUAACUCGUGAAGCUGACAAUAUUCAGUGGAUUGUUGACAUUUUGAUUGGCAAAAAGAUAGGUGAGGAAUUUGUGGAGAUAUGGGCUGAGCAGAAAGAACUUGCUGCACUUCACUCCAAGGUUCCAACAGUUUACCGGCAUGAGAUCAGUAGAAUCACAGCACAACUGUGCAUUGGAAUUGGAAGGGGACACAUUCUGGUGCCAAAAGAAACUAGAUUUUCUUUGUUGUCUACAUGGCUAGAAGCUCUGUAUGAAGAUUUUGGAUGGAUGAGGAGAGCUUCUAGAGCGGUUGAUAGGAAAUUGGUUGAGGAUGGACUAAGCCAAACUAUAUUGACACUUCCUUUGCUCCAGCAACAGGCUGUGUUACUGAAUUGGUUUGAUAGAUUUCUUAAUAAAGGAGAUGAUUGUCCUAAUAUACAGAAGGCAUUUGAGAUUUGGUGGAGAAGGGCAUUCAUCAGACAGUAUUCAGCUGAGCCUGAUAAUUCCCAGUUGCAAAUAACUCUUUCUGAUUACCCCAGCUGAAAGGUAUGCAAGGGACCUUAACAUAAAGAGAUUAAUUCACAAUUGUAAAUAAGAAGUGCCAUUUUGCAUUUGCACUUCUCAUUUGGCCUGAAUCGACCAAUUUCACAUUCAUUUGUGCUCAUUUCCGUAUUUUGACAUAAGAAAAUAGAUGAAAGUCAUGUUACCUGGACUGUGGGAAAGCUUUAUAUUGAAGAUAAACAUUGAAGGGUGGGAGAAUUUUUGGGGGAGGGAGGAUAAUAAAACUGUUUGAAGAAUAUGUUGUUCUGAGUAACGGAUUGAAUUGAAAUGGUGUAAACUUCCACAUUGUAA